AUGCGCUCUUUCAUCUGCCUGACUGUCUCCGCUCUUGCGGCUGUUGUUGCCGCCAACAGCAAGGCCAACCCUUUUGAGAUUUCCGGCAAUGGAUAUUCCUUUACUGUUGGCGAGGCCACCACUCUGAAGUGGAGGCCUACUACUAGCGGGUCCGUCAGUCUGCGCCUGCAGCAGGGUUCUGUGACUACUUCCACCAGCGGCGAUGCCAUAGCUUCUGAUAUCGACAAUGAUGGAAGCUACACUUGGACCGUCCCUGACGAUGUGAACACCGACUGGUACACUAUCGAGAUCAUCUCUGAUGAGGACUCGAGCAACUACAACUUCCUGCCUCGCUUUACCGUCACCGGAGCUACUGCCGCGGCGACUCCUACUGCCGCGGCCACCACCUCGGCCACCUCGACUACCACUUCUGAGUCGACCACUACCACCAGCUCCAGCACCAGCACUAGCACCAGCAGCACCAGCUCUACCUCAAGCUCAAGCUCCGCUGCCACCACCAUGACCACCAUGACCACCAGCACCACCAGCACCACCAGCACCGAGACUCAGACCGAGAGCACCAGCACCGCCGCUUCCACCAGCGCCGACUCAACCACCACUUCCAGCUCGGACUCCGCCUCCAGCAGCACCGCCUCUGCCUCAUCGUCGCAGACCUCCGUGCCCGCCACCAACGGCGGACUCGCCAACCGCGUCUCCGGCGGCAUGAUGGCCGUUGUCGCCGGCGCCAUUGCCUUCCUGUAA